AUGUUUCCUUAAACAUAAUCAGAUUUGUAAAAUUCAAAAUUUAAUAAUUUUGAUGAAUUUGUUAAAUAGAACACACAAUCUUAAGAAAAGAAAUAAGAAAAUAAUUCAUUUAUAAGAUUUUAAACAUAUGUCCCUGAACCUUCUCAUCAUUUUUUGAACAAUUUAAGAUCAAAACCAGACUAUCCUCAACAAUAAUUGAAUUCUACUCAAAUUAAAAAUGAAUAUAAACAAUGUAAUUUUUUAUAAAUAUUUAAAGAGACAAUUUCUAAGAAUAAAUAUGAUGAUGAUGAAUAAAUUGAGGAAUAAGCAAAGUAGAGUUUUUAAAAGUUUGACUUAGAUAAAGAACUAAUUUUUGAGAUUAAGACAUUGCGUAAAAUGAUUCAAUUAUCAAAAACAUAAAAUUAAUAUUUACCUGGAAUAAUUAGUAUAAAAACAAAAGAUUAAACAAAUGAGUAAGAUCUAAAUAGGAUUGGUGUAGAUUUAGUAAUAUUAUUGAACUUAUUAUAGAUCUGUUUGAUUGAUAAAAGCUCAAGUAUGCAAGGUAGAAAGAUAGAUACCGUAAAAUCAAGCUUGAAAGUUCUAUUAAAUUUUUUAACUGAUCAAGAUCGUUUAUCACUAAUUGUUUUUAAUGAUAAAGCUUAAAGAUUAACUCCAUUAAAAAGAACAACAUAAAAUAACAAAUAGUNCAAAGAUUAGAGAGAAUCUAAAUACAAAUUAUAUUCAUUUAAUUCUCUUCUUGUUUUUAUUUAUUUAUUAAUCUCUCCUUCAAUGAAAUAAUUAUAAUAAUUAAAAAAUAAAAAAAUAAAAAAAAAUUUAAACAGAAAUCCCUAUUAAAUAUUAAAUAAAUUAAGUCAUUACUUAAAAAAUAAUGAAAAAGUUCAAAAAAUACCAUUUGAUUUAAAUCAUUUAUGUAUGAUAAAGUUGUUUUUUCAAUGA